GUCGUCCUCCUCGGAUCGGACCACGCGCAACCGAUUCGAGUGAAAAGCGCGAGCCGCAGAAGCGGCCAACAUCAGUGCUCGCUCGCACCUUUUCCUGACGAGUUCGGAUAUAGUCGCAGAGUCGUCGUUGUUCUUCGUCAUCAGGCUUGCGCGAGUUAAAAAUGGCGCGAUACGCAGAGAACGUGUACUACGAAACUGCCAUGAAACUGGCUCUGGAGGCUGCCCAGAUUCUUCGAAGUUCCAUCAGCGGUCGCAAAAAUAUCGACCAAAAACUGGGAGAUUGGGAUCUUGUUACCGAGUACGAUCGCAAGAUCGAGGACGUCAUCAUCGGCAAGCUCAAACAAGCGUUUCCCGAUCACAGAUUCAUCGCGGAGGAAUCGACCAAGGAGCUGCCGGAAUUAACCGACACUCCGACGUGGAUCAUAGAUCCGAUCGACGGUACCAUGAACUUCAUUCACGGAUUUCCGCACACUUGCGUGGUCAUCGGCCUGGCCGUGAAAAAGCAGAUGGUCCUCGGUAUCGUGUACAAUCCCGUUCUCGAGCAGCUGUUCACGGCGCGAAAGGGACGCGGCGCGUUUCUGAACGGCGAGCCGAUCCACGUGUCCAAGAUCGAAGACUUGUCUAAGGCGUUGGUUUGCAUGGAAUCGGGUUUCAUUAAAAUAGACGAUCUACGGGAGAAGACGGUGGAGAGAAUCCAGGCUGUUGUCAGAGCGGUUCAGGGCAUCCGCACUCUCGGCGUGGCGGCUCUCACACUGUGCUACGUAGCGCUGGGCAUCGUGGAAGCUUAUCACAUCGAGGGUCCUGGCAUUUCGACGUGGGACAUAGCCGCGGCGUCUCUCAUCAUCUCCGAAGCGGGAGGCGUCGUCGUUGAUCGUGUAACAGGCGAACCGAUCGACAUCAUGAAACCACGAGCGGUGGCCGCGUGCAACGACAAGAUCGCCCAGGACGUCGUUCGGAUUAUUCGCGAAGCCGAUCAGCGGGUGGAGAUGAGAGCGAAAUAAAUGAAAAUCAUCGUCGAGAAUCUCUGAACUGUGCGCUUCGGCGGUCGAAACACGUAAAACUUGUAGAUCUCGAAGUGCGCGAGAAUGAGUCACGAGGAAAGAGAAUCGGUUUUGCUUUCCUGAAAGCAGUCAGUCGAUCGAAUAGAAGAUACACGCACAGCUCAAAGUCAAGUUUACGCAGUCACAAGUUGCGUAAAAAAAACUCGUUAACGCAAAAAACAGUAGUAAUCUCAUCGAGAGAGACAUGUAUACCGCAAGCAAUAAAAUGAUUGAUUUCCGUAA